AUGUCAUCGGACGCGUAUGAUAUAGUCAUUGUCGGUGGUGGGACAGCGGGUCUCAUUGUCGCCGCUCGACUAUCUGAGGACCCGGGUCUGCAAGUCGCUGUGCUUGAGUCUGGAGAGGACGACAGCUCGAACCCAGAUCUCCAAACUCCCGGCCUGUAUGCUUCUUUGCGAAAUGGUCCAUUGGAUUGGAGGUUCAAGUCUACCUAUCCACCACCACAUGGCGAUAGACCACUUUCUUUAGCAUCAGGCCGCACCUUGGGAGGCACAAGCGGCAUCAAUGGCUUCGUCUUCCAGCCAAGCUCAAAGUCUAAUCUCGACUUCUGGACCGAGCUUGGGAACAGUGGCUGGGGCUUCGAGGCCAUGGACCGGGCUGUGCGCAAAGCCGUGACUGUCCACGGCCCGUCUGGAACAACCCCACGAGGCUCCGGGCCGAUUCAACUAGUCAUCAAUGAGUCGGAAAUAGAGGCCUCGUGGGUCAAGACUUGGAACGAUAGCCUGGCACAGCUUGGACAAUCGCCAUGCGAUGCCUUCUCCGGCGAGCAACACGGCCCAAUCACGAAUUUUGAUACUGUUGAUCCGGUUUCCAACAAGAGGUCUUUCACGACCAAUGCAUACCUUGACCCUGUUUGUUCUAGAAGCAACCUCACUGUCCUGACUGGAUCGACCGUGAACAAAAUCGUCUUCAAGGAAAGAAAUACUGGAGCUGGGCAUAUUGCAGAUGGCGUUCAAGUGACUUCGAAGGACGGGAAGCAGAGCAUCAUUAAGGCUCGCAAGGAGGUUAUCGUCGCGGCAGGCGUCAUCAACUCCCCCAGGAUCCUCGAGCUCUCUGGCAUUGGCGGAAGGUCGGGUUUGCAGAACCUGGGUAUAGACUCGAUUGUCGACAAUCCCCACGUUGGAGAGAACUUCCAGAACCACUGCUUCUCAGGCGUCGUGUUUCCAAUCCGAGACGAUGUCGAUACCUUGGAUGCAUUCAUCCGAAAAGAGCCCAGCGCAGUUGCCGCAGCCGAGAAGACGUAUGCGAGCGGAAAAGGAGGCCCGAUCGGAAGAAGUUCUACUCUCUUGAGUGCGCAAAUGCCUAUGACCGAUAUCACAGACGAGCAUGGCAUGAACGAGAUACAGCAGCUCCUGAAGGAGGCCGCAGGCAAAUCAAUGGGGCCUUCGGUUGCCACGCCAGCGUUCCGGAGGGCUUGGGACUCGUACAUCGAAAGGAACCUCACCAGCAAAACAGAGUCACCGGGGCGGUUCAUGUUCAUCCCAUGCUAUUCGCCAUUUGAUGUGGCUGAUCCAUCGUACCGCGCCCCAGGGAAUCACUUCACCAUUGUCACGAUGCUUUCGACGCCUCUUCCUCGAGGCUCCGUGCAUAUCAAUAGCAGCUCACUCGAGCAUUCAGACAAAAACACAGGGAUGACACUGGAUGUAGGCUUCUCCCCAAGCCCUCUCGACGUAGAAGUCCUCGCCCGGUACGUCAUGUACGCCGAAAAGUCCCUGGCUCGACUAGAGCCCUUCGCGUCUCUCCUUAAGCCGCGCGAGAAUCGCUUCACGCAUAUCGAGGAGGCAAGAGAGUAUGUCAAGGCUAAUACUGCUUGGACGCAUCACUUUGUUGGUACAUGUGCUAUGAUGUCGCAAGAGAUGGGAGGCGUUGUUGAUGAUAAGCUACGUGUUUAUGGGUGUGCGAAUCUUCGAGUCUGCGAUGCCAGCGUUAUACCGGUCGUGCCGAGGAGCAACCCUCAAGCUGUGGUGUAUGGGGUGGCCGAGCAUGGCGCUGAGAUUAUCAAAGCGACACUGGUGUGA